UUCAUGAUAUGGCACCCAAGUGGCAACUAAUCUGCCUUCACUCGUCUCUGCUCGGCCCUCUUGCUCUACCUCACAAUUGACAUCGCCAUUGUCUUUCGCUGUAGCUGUACACACUACUCUAUAUCUCUUGAAGUAACUACGUGGUCCGCGAUCCGAAUCAUCGAACGAAGGCGCCACAUCCCAUUCACCUCCCAGCAAUGUGAGUGUGUCAAGUGGCUGCCCCAUUCUUCGUUCCCGCAUCUUCCGUUUCUGUAGAGAUUUAUGCCAAGAUGUGUCAAUCUCGGUGCAGUUGAGUUUAUGAGCUCGAGCUGAGAUGUAUUGAAAGCUCUCUCGCGUGAUCCAUCGAACGGUAUCCUAACCUCCAGACGUUCGAUUGAAGACCCCUGAUAUUGAAGAGCAUCCUCAAGUGAGGUUUUCAAGUCAUCUUUGCGGUGUAGAACGACAAGGCUCUUCAAAGAAUUACGCCUCAACUUCCCCAAGAAAUCCCCCACAGUAUCGGAGUCCGAGUCGUGCGUCUCAAACGACUCCAGUGAUUGCAUGUAAGGCGCCAAUUUAUCAAGAGUCUCGUACCGAUCGGCUAGGCUGUACCAGUAUCCCACGGCUAGAUGCACCAGCUUAUUCCAAUCCAUGGCAUCGAGCCACAGAUCGAGAUUCGUCUUGUCGCGCUGCGUCUUGUUCAAAGCCUCAUAAUCGGCACAUCUCUGUGGAGAAUUAUAGAUUUCGCACCAAUCCCACAAUGAAUCUUCGUCUGGCCAUCCGGGCGCCCAUCGACCCCGUUGAAAAAGCUCCACAGAUCCAUUGACGGCGAUGCUGUGCUUAAUCUUCAGCCAUUCCUUUCUCGUUUUGGGAUCCUUGCGUUCGAGCUGUUUGUAGUGGCUAGAGUGCAUAGUGGUGAACAAUUCGUUAUCCGGCAUUAGAAGAGGCUGGUCCAAAUAUCUUCGACUGAAGUAAUAAUUAUCGACUCGAAGCCGCUUGAGAGGCGGGUAACGGUCACCUCCGCUGAUAUCGAUGGGAAGUAUGUGGUAACUGUUUUCACUAUGGCGACGCCGAUGCAAACGAAGCUCUAGGGAAUUAAUGUUGUGGCAUGAUUUUAAGGUUUCGUGUUUGGUGUCUAAGAGAUUGGAAGAGUUCAAUAGCCAUGGAGUGGUGAAUGAGAUGGAGGUUGGACAUUCGCCGGAAAACGAGCAUAGUCCCAAGGUGAAGCAGAAAUACAGAAAGGCUAUUGUUCUUGUGGGGCGGCAGAAGCAGGCCAUAACGACAGUAUUUCUAACACCAGGUUAUCGUGGAAAAAAUUCUCGAUCAUCGCAGACGGGACUAUGUAAUUUGAGGUAUACCAGAAACGAAGGAAGACAGCGUAUACAGUUAUAA